AUGUUCAUAUUCUCGGCUGCUCCAAUUCCAGUUGGGUCGAGUAUCUUCUUUGCACUCGCUCUCCUCGCCAUCUCCGUUUCAGUCUUGUUACUGCUCCGCCGUUUCCUGACCCUGCGAGCCACUCCGGCAUAUCUCGCCGUCCCUGUCUUUUUGGCGCUCGCUCUUCCUGCUAGUGUAGUCCUGCUAGUCCCGAUCGAUCUCGCUUCCAGCUCUCGCGAUGGUGGUGGACCCAAGGCGAUAUGGCUUCCUGAUCGCUUGAUCUUGGUGGCCUGGCGCAUUGCCUAUUGGCUGAUCUUCGUUCUGACUUGGGCUCUACUUCCAUUGCUUGGUGAAUAUAUAGAUUCGGGUUAUCGUGAUUCCAAAGCUCGCAUCGUGUACUCGCUCCGCUCCAACGCCCGCUAUCAGCUGAUCGUUCUGUGCUGUGCCGUGGUUGGCCUGAUCUAUAUUUCCAUCCAAAAUGGCUUCGAAUUCACCUCCAUCAAAGGCCUUGUUAUGGCACUGGCCUAUGUCUGGGGUCUCGUCCUUGCCAUCUAUCUGAUGGGACAUGGUUUGGUGUCGAUACCGCGGACGCUCUUCCGCAAUGCAAGUGUCAGCGGUAGACUACGCAGAGUCCAGGCCCAUGCGCCCCGGCUCCAUGAUCGACUGAUGGACGCCAUCAAUGAACUUGAGAGUCUCGAAUCACAAGUGACUCAGCUGCAACAACGUAAAACAGGCACCGCUCGAGAUUUCCAGGAUUGGAUCGAGGAGUUGGCCGAGACCUCCAACCCCGUUGAGGCACGAGCGGCCCUUCUGGAGCCCCCGGCGGGACACGGCACCGUUCCUCCCGUGAUCACGGAGCGUUAUAUGGCGGAUCUAACGCGACGUCUCCAGCGAGCUCGACACCAAAAGGCCCGCUUCGUGGACGAGUGGGACCGCCUGGUAUUGCUUGCUGCCGACUUGCAGGCGAUUAUCAACUCUUCGGCGUCCCAGAAGUUGGACUUUGGCCAGUCGCCGCGUCGUUCCACCUGGUUUUCGCGAAUGAAAUUCCUGACGCCCUACACGCGGUACCAUCUGUAUGUCAACGUCAUUCCCAGCGUGCGACUUGCUCUUGGAGCGCUUUUUUCGGUCGCAUCCGUCUGUGUCAUCUGGUCCGAGUUGAUCAAAUCCUUGGCUCCCCGAUUGUCUGUUGUGACUCUGUCCAUUGUCUCAUACCAUCAGGAUCCGAAACCUGUGAAUUUUGGCAGACAGCUGGCCGCCUCCGCGUGGUUGCUCUACAUGUGCGCUGCCGCACUGGUGGGUGUCAACGAUGCCAAGGUCUGGGGCAACCGGGCUUUGGUCCGACGGAACACGUACGGUGAGAGCGCCUGCUGGUAUGCGGGGUUGGUAGCUAGGCUUACCGUCCCAAUCGCAUACAAUUUCUUGACUUUCCUGCCGCUGAAUGUUCGACAAAAUACCAUCUUCUACCAUUUUCUCGGCCGGCUCAUUGAUUUGACGCCGCUGGGCAAGGGAUUCGAUUAUUUCUUCCCCGUCUUCAUUCUACUGCCCGUCUGUGCCACCCUUUUCAAUCUCUACGGCCGUGUCAAGAAUGUGUGCGGAUUAGGUCUGAUUGAAGAGGAAGACGAUGACCUGGAAAAUAAUCCCAGUGGCUAUGGGCUCGGGGGCUGGCGAGAAGGCCGCGAACUCAUCGACCGAGAGCUGAACGGCCUCGGCUCGUUGGCGCCAUCCUCACGCAUUGGCCAGUCAACCUGGCAAUCGAGUCGCACCACCGACAGCGCAGGAGCCCUUUCAUCCCGAGUUCCUCGCGCCGAAAGCACUCGACCUUCCCGAUCAACCAGGGAACCUCUGGCGCCGUCUGCUGUGGUGGAUGAUGAGGCAGAAGGGGAGAAUUUCUUCCAGUCUUUUGCGCAUCGGGUGAAGAAUACUUUCGAAACCGCUAGCAAGCCCCAGUGGCUUCAGGGCGAACCCUUCCGACUCCCACGAUGGAUGGGGAGUGACGGCAGCCAAGCAAACAACGGUAUUACUAGAUUGUUUGGCGGUCGCCCGGCGGAUGGCGGUGUGAGGCUGUGA